AAAUUUAUAAAAGUUGCUCGCCCAUUGCAAAAAUACAUUUGCAUUCCGUCGGUUUGCCUUUUUGUUUAUUUUCCCGAUUUAAAGUUGUUAAUUUCUACUAAAAAUGAAGCAAAAACGUAAACACCCUAGCACCGAAGAUGGAGGUAGCAAACAGAAUCCCCACACAGUGACUGUUUCACAAAUUAGUGCAGAUAUCAUUUGGCAGCUCGCCUCGCAAUAUUGGUCACCAGAAACACCAGUCGAUGAGCUCCUGCCCUACAAUGGCAAUAUUAUAGAAGACAUUUACUGUCGUGAGAUUUUAGAUCACAGGUCGUCAACCCGUCGCAUCAUGAUGUUGGAAUUCAGUCAAUAUUUGGAAAAGUAUUUGUGGCCUAAUUAUAAACGUGAAACGGCUACGCAUGCUCAUCUCAUGUCAAUUGUAGCUAUGGUCAAUGAGAAAUUCCGUGAACGCGUUGAAGUUUGGCCCAUAUUUGAAUCGAAGCCUGAGGAAUAUCCGGCAUUCUUUAGACACGUAUUGGAAACCUGUCUACCAGCGGAGACUAGUAAAGGCAGGCAAGCAACAAUGCGUGAAAAAACUGCGCUAAUAGUAUUUCUCAAUCACUGUUUCAAUAGCAUGGAAAUUGAGUUGUGUCGCGAGCAGGCGAAACGGUUGGUCUCACUGUCCAUGUGGAGCUGUCUACAGCCAAAACGCUUGGAGCAAGAGCUGCGGGAAGUGCCUGAGUGGCGCAAAUUCUGGCGUCGUUUACAGAAGAAAGAAAAGGGUGUUCAAAUGCCGGAGGUAGCAUGGGAGCGGCAUUUUUUGCAGAAUUUAAUUAUUCAGUUUCUGAAUAUAUUAGAAGCCAUACCUCUUGAAACCGAUUUGGCACCUAGUGUGGUAACAUAUUGUGAACGUUUUUUGGAAUUUAUUGUCGAUUUGGAAGCAUUGCUCCCUACACGUCGUUUCUUUAAUACAGUUUUGGAUGAUACUCAUCUGUUGGUGCGUGCACAAAUCUGUAAUUUGGUGCAACGUGAAGAAGGCAAGCUGUUCGGUCAGCUCCUCGACAUGCUAAAAUUCUACACCCGCUUCGAGAUCAGCGAUGUUACUGGCGAUUCGCUUACCGAUCACCAGAUGACUCAGUUGCAUUACAAAAAAAUCACUUCACUACAACGUGCGGCGUUUGCAAAAUUUCCCGAUUUGCGCUUGUUCGCUCUAUCCAAUGUCGCAAAUGUAGAUACUCGUGAAGCGCUACACCGUCACUUUGGCGCACUCGAUGCAAAGGCACUCAAAGAAAUCGCUUCCUUUCUAAAUUUAGUACCCGAUACGCUCGAACCACCCUUUCAAUGGCAUCGACUCGAUGACGAGUUUCUCAAGGAACUUUUGAUUACACGUCACGAACGUCGUUGCUCACAGCUCGAGGCACUCAAUGAAAUGCCGCUCUAUCCCACAGAGGAUAUCAUUUGGGAUGAGAAUGUAGUGCCAUCCGAAUACUUUUCGGGUGACGGUUGUUUGGCGCUGCCGAAGUUAAAUUUACAAUUUCUCACCUUGCACGAUUAUCUGCUGCGCAAUUUCAAUCUUUUUCGCUUGGAGUCAACCUAUGAGAUACGGCAAGACAUUGAAGAUGCUGUAAGUCGCAUGCUACCCUGGCAAUCGGAGGAUGGUGAUGUUGUCUUUGGCGGCUGGGCGCGCAUGGCGCUACCGAUCGCCUCAUUCGCUGUGGUUGAGGUGACGAAGCCGCACAUCGGUGAGCGUAAACCUUCGCGUGUGCGCGCCGAUGUCUCGGUGACUUUGUCGGUGCGUAAAGAGAUUAAAGAGGAAUGGGAAAAUUUGCGUAAACAUGAUGUGUGCUUCUUAAUAACGGUGCAGCCGACAAAGCCAUAUGGUACGAAAUACAAUCCACGCGAACCCUUCAUACCGCAGGUGGGCUUGGUUUACGUGCGUGGCUGUGAGGUGGAAGGCAUGUUGGAUGCCAAUGGACGUGUCAUUGAAGAUGGCCCAGAGCCACGACCGCAAUUGCCCGGCGAGCAACGCACCUAUCGCGUUUGGUUGGACUCGAAUCAAUAUCGAUUGGAUAUGGACAGUUUGCAGGAUGGUUCCGACGAUGUAUACGAGAGUUUCAAUAUUAUAAUGCGUCGCAAGCCAAAGGAGAACAACUUUAAAGCCGUACUGGAAACUAUACGCCAUCUGAUGAAUACUGAAUGUGUUGUGCCGCCAUGGUUACAUGAUUUGUUACUUGGCUAUGGUGAUCCGGGUGCAGCACACUAUUCUCAGAUGCCGAAUCAGGAGCGCAGCUUAGAUUUCAAUGACACUUUCCUGAACUUCGACCAUCUGAAGAGUAGCUUUCCUGGUUAUGAAAUAAAAUGUGAUGCGCCGAUGGCACAGCGCAUACCUCCAUUCCGUUUGAUAUUUGAAGACGUGCCAGAAGAACGCGACGAUGAGCCCGAAGACGAGGAGGAGGAUGCGAAGAUGAAGAGCGCAUUAGAAAAGGCAAUUGUUGUACAGCCAUAUGUGUUCGAAAGUCGUGGGCCGUAUGUGGCAAAUAAACCCAAGCAAAACUCUGUUCGCUUCACACCCACUCAAUUGGAAGCGAUUCGCGCGGGUAUGCAACCUGGCCUUACGCUAGUCGUAGGUCCUCCAGGUACAGGCAAGACAGAUGUCGCUGUCCAAAUCAUAUCCAAUCUCUAUCACAAUCAUCCAAAUCAGCGUACACUAAUCGUAACACAUUCCAAUCAGGCGCUGAAUCAGCUCUUCGAAAAAAUUAUGGCUCUAGACAUAGAUGAGCGCCAUUUGUUGCGUCUCGGUCAUGGCGAAGAAGCCUUAGAGACGGAGAAAGACUUCAGUCGUUAUGGGCGUGUCAAUUAUGUGCUCACACAACGCUUACAACUACUCAAAAAGGUACAAAAGCUGCAGGAAUCGCUCAAUGUGCUCGGUGACAACGCUUACACCUGCGAAACGGCCGGCUAUUUCUAUCUCUACAAUGUGGUGGCACGUUGGGAGAAGUUUCUCACGCAAGCCACUGCCGUUGCAGAUGCCACUGAGCCGGCGACUUGGCGUGCGGUAUUCGAAAAAGAAUUUCCAUUCACACGCUUCUUUGCCGAUGCAUCGCAACCACUUUUUAAGGGCAAAACGUAUGACGAAUAUAUGGAAAUAGCAAAAUCUUGCUUCCGCUAUAUAACACAUAUAUUCACGGAGUUGGAAGAAUUCCGCGCUUUCGAACUGCUGCGCACCGGUUUGGAUCGUUCAAAGUAUCUGCUUGUAAAGGAGGCGAAAAUCAUUGCAAUGACUUGCACGCAUGCAGCGUUGAAGCGCAAGGAGUUAGUAAAUCUGGGUUUCCGCUAUGACAACAUACUCAUGGAGGAGUCAGCACAGAUAUUGGAAAUUGAAACAUUCAUUCCGCUGCUAUUACAAAAUCCGCUCGAUGGCUACAAUCGGUUGAAACGUUGGAUUAUGAUCGGAGACCAUCAUCAAUUGCCGCCUGUCAUCAAAAAUAUGGCAUUCCAAAAGUACUCGAAUAUGGAGCAGAGUUUGUUUACGCGACUGGUGCGUUUGGGUGUGCCCACCGUCGAUUUGGAUGGACAGGGUCGUGCGAGGUCAAGUAUUUGUUCCUUGUACAAGUGGCGCUAUAAGAAAUUAGACGAUCUUACGCACAUUUUGGAGCGCAACGAGUAUCGGCAAACAAAUGCUGGAUUUGUGUAUGACUAUCAGCUGAUCAAUGUGGAGGACUUCAAUGGUGUGGGCGAAACAGAGCCGAAUCCUUUCUUCUAUCAGAAUCUCGCUGAGGCUGAGUAUGUUGUAGCUGUUUACAUGUAUAUGCGUCUACUGGGCUAUCCCGCUGAAAAAAUAUCCAUCUUAACCACCUACAAUGGACAAAAGCAUCUGAUACGCGAUGUCAUCAAUGUGCGUUGCGGUAAUAAUCCACUUAUCGGUUGGCCAUACAAAGUCACCACAGUGGAUAAGUAUCAAGGUCAACAGAACGAUUAUAUACUCAUAUCGUUGGUGCGCACCAAGGCGGUUGGUCAUUUGCGCGAUGUGCGUCGUUUGGUGGUGGCGAUGAGUCGUGCACGACUGGGAUUGUAUAUUUUUGGGCGGGUGUCACUGUUUAAAAACUGUUUUGAAUUGCAGCAAACAUUCAAGUUGUUAACACAACGCCCGCAGCGUCUACAAUUGCUGCCAGACGAAACUUAUCCCACUGAGCGUUUAACCAACGAAGAAGUAGACCGUCAACGUAUUUACGAAGUGAAUAACAUGACACAAAUGGCGGAACAUGUCUAUGAAGUGUAUAUGAAACGCAUGGAGGAGCUAAAAGAUAAGCUACCAGCUGAGGGUGAUUUGCAAAUGUACGCAAACUUGCCACAAGAGAGUGUUGAGGAAGUGGAAGCUACACAAGCGAUUGAGGAAGUUACAAAUGAAAUGCCAGAAAGUGAUGAACCUCCUAAAAAACGUGCUGCAAAGGAAACCAGCAAGGCAACAAAAGCUGCUGCCGCUGCAUUCAAACCUACGCCUAUUGUUAAUGAGAUCGGUGAGGACGAGCCUGAAGACCAAGAUGACGCCGCGGUGCAAACAGAAGCUGAGUCGCAUGCUGCGCAAAAGGGAGCUGCGUCGAUUGCUGUUCAAAUGGAAGUUGAGUCGAAUAUUGCCCAAACAGAAGUUGAGUCGAAUGUUGCCCAAACAGAAGUUGAGUCGAAUGCUAGACAAAUGGAAGCUGAGUCGAAUGCUGGGCAAACAGAACCUGAAUCGAAUACUGGGCAAGCGGAAGCUGAGUCAAAUGCUGGGCAAAUGGAAGAUGAGUCGAUUGCGGCGAAAACAGAAAAUUCUGCUAUCGAAGCACCUACUGCUGAUUAAUAAAGUUUCAAUUUUUAAGUACGACAUACUAAGCUGGGAAAAUACAUAAACAUUUUAUUAGAUACAAAAUUA